AUGCUGGCCCCUGCGGAGGAGCGCCCAGACGGUGCCAUCGACGGUGACGCUGGUGUCGCGCUCCCGCCAGCGCCCAAGAGCGGCAGCGCCCGCAAGCAGGGCUGCGAUCCCUUCGCGCAGACCCAGCGCAGCAAACUGCAGCACCGCCGUGCGCGCAUCAACCAGCAGAUCAACAAGGAGAUGAGGAUGCGAGCGGGGGCUGAGAACCUCUUCAGAGCCACCAGUAACCACAAAGUAAAAGAAACAGUUGCCUUGGAGCUCAGCUAUGUGAACUCCAACCUGCAGUUACUGAAGGAGGAGCUGGAAGAGCUGAACAGCUGCAUGGACGUGUACCAGAAUGACAGCGAGUCCAUCAGCGUCCCCAUGAUUCCUUUGGGCCUCAAGGAGACCAAGGAGCUGGACUUGUUGAUACCACUGAAGGAUCUCAUCAGUGAGCACUAUGGAGAGGAUGGUGUCUUGUUUGAAAAGGAAAUCAAAGAGUUCAUGGAGUUGCGGCAGGCGAUGCGGACGCCGAGCCGGAAUGAGGCUGGGCUCGAACUCCUCAUGGAGUAUUACAACCAGCUGUACUUCCUUGACAACCGCUUCUUCCCUCCCAGUAAAAACCUGGGUGUCUUCUUUCACUGGUAUGACUCUCUGACGGGGGUCCCUUCCCACCAGCGGGCACUGGCCUUUGAGAAAGGGAGCGUCCUCUUCAACAUUGGAGCCCUGCACACCCAGAUUGGGGCACGGCAGGACCGUGCCUCCCUGCCAGGAGUCAACCGGGCGAUCGACGCAUUUCAGAAGGCAGCCGGUGCAUUUAACUACUUGAAGGAAAACUUCUCCAAUGCCCCUAGCCUGGACAUGAGUGCCUCUUCCCUGAACAUGCUGGUGCGGCUGAUGAUCGCGCAGGUGCAGGAGUGUGUCUUCGAGAAGGUGACCUUGCUCCGAGCCCAGAGCGACUUCCUCACGCAACUGCAGCUUGCCCAAGAAGCAGCCAGGGUUGAAGACGUCUACUCGCUGGUGCACCAGACGAUGACCCAGGUCCACGUGAAGGAUUAUGUUCCCUUCUCUUGGACAACCAUGGUCCAUGUCAAGUCAGAGCAUUUCAAGGCCCUCUCCCACUACUUUGCUGCCAUUGCCCUCUGUGAUUGCCCUGCAGCUUCCGAUGCCGAGCUCCCAGAGCACGAGAAGGCUUUUAUCCAGUUUCAUGUCACCAUGCCGGACGGGCCGUCUCUCCGCGUCCUGCUGCAGGAUCCCGAGGAGAGAAGGAAGCUGGCAAAGGCUCAUCUGAAGAAAGCCAUCAUGAAGCACGAAGAAGCCAUGAGAAUCCACAGCUUAUGCAAGAUCCUGCGGAAGAUGGAUAUUCUCCAGGAGGUCCUUUCCUUUGCUCACAAACGCUCACUGAGCAAAUACUCAGAAAUUGACCAUGAAGAGGACUUCUUUGAAACAGGAGAUGCCCCAGAUAUUCACCCCAAAACCCAUCAGAAACCGGAGAUAAAAUCACCCAACUUUUCCCAGGUGAAGGUGACCGAUCUCUUCCACAGACUGGGACCCCUCUCAGUUUUCUCAGCCAAAAACAAGUGGUACCCAGUACGAAGAGUCCACCUGAUGAGAGGGGAGAACGGCUUUGGGUUCACGCUUCGAGGAGACUCUCCCGUUCUCAUCGCUGGUGUCAUCCCUGGAGGUUGUGCUGCUGAAGCUGGGCUGAAGGAAGGGGACUACAUCAUCUCAGUGAACGGCAAGGAUUGCAAGUGGUCCAAGCACGCCGAAGUGGUGCAGCUGCUGAAGAGCACUGGCGAAGAGGGAGUGGAGAUUGGUGUGAUAACGCUCCAGGACUCAGAGGGGCCGAAAACUGUAGACAAGAAGGCAGCGGUGAUGUCUUCAGGAGGUGCACUGAUGAAGAACAACAAGGAGAACAGCCGGAAAAGUCUAAUGAACAGCAAGAGUGCCAGCACGCUGCUGGUCUGGAAUAAGAAGAGCAAACGGAGCAAGAACAGCACUUACAGCGUCCCCUUCACCGCAGUGGGAGACAACGAGGCCAUGUACUGAGACAGCCACCUGGCUAGGUCAUGUUCUUCAAACUCUGGGCCUGCCGGACGUUGAAUCCUGCAAUGGCAGAUCCUCAGCAGUGCAGGCAGUCUGUCUG